AUACUCCUACAUUCUGGCCCAUCCCUUAUUUGCCGCCUCUGCCUUCAAUCACAAUGGGGCCGUUUUCCUCUCCUCAUCGGACAGUCCCGUCGCCGCCGACGAGCUCUGACGGCGAGGCCAAGCGCUGCUCGGUACCCUAACCCCAACCCAGCCAACUCCCAACCCUAAUUCUAACUCCCCCGCCAUGGAGGAUGCCCUCAUGCCGCCGGUGCCUCCUGCCCCUCUUGCGGCAGCCGCCGCCGCCCCAACCAAUUUGUUCCUCACUCGCCGUCGAUCACAUCUCGACAGCGCCUCCUACCGCACGCUCUCUCGGCUCUUCUCCCACUGCCUCCACCUCCACCCUCAGCACCAUGCGGUCCCGGCGCAUACGGAGGUCGAGACCGCCGCCGCCAACCCUAUCUGGGAUGACUCACCGCAGGGGGCCUCGGUGCCGCCUAACAACGCCGAGUUUGGGCAUCUAGCAGAGGAGUCGGCUGUAGUAAGCACUUCUGUCCCCGAGGCUCCCGUACCCUCGGUAGCCGCCGGGAACCCUAUUGCCGACCUGGACGUGGCACCACAGGGAUCCGUUGUGGAGCAUGAGGUCGCUGGGGUUGAGCAGAUGGAGGGUGUGGAGGUAGGAAGCGCCUGCCGUAAGCCAGGUGCGUUAGUUGAGGAGUUCAGUGGUGAAACUGAACUUGUGGGGGCAGACGAUGUUUUGAGGACGAUGAAGGCUUGUUUGGAGGGGGAGGCUGAGGAAUCGGUAGAGGUAGCGGUCGUCAAUGAUGAUGGACAUCUGCUGCUUGACACAAUGAUGACCAACUUCUCAGGGUUGAUUGGUGAUGCCAGUGGCGGCACAGCAUCCUAUGGGGUUUCUGAAGGUGAGCCACAGAAUGAUGGCAAGAUAGCCGAUGGGGUGACAAAAUUCGGAGUUGGAGUUGAAGAAGACAGACCUGUGGGCAAUUUGGAUCAUCAGUCAGUUAAUGCUGGCGGCGGGUUUGAGGAAGGAGAGAUUGAGGGUGACUUGCAGGAUUUGGUCAAUGGAUCUGAUGAUUCGGAGCAUCAAGAUGCAGAUGGUGAGAAAUUACAAGAGGAUUGUGUUACCAGAGGGUCUGGGGAGAAUGAAUCAUCUGGACAUGACACGCGGUGUCUGAAUUUGCUUUCAACACCUAAAAUCAAAGGGACCGGCGACCUUAAUCUUAUAGUGGACAAGGAAGAUACUAUCAAGGGUGAUGCGCUAAUGCAUGAUCCCAGGACGCAAGUAGUCAGUUACGAUGAAAUUGUGGAAUGGAAUGAGACUCCAGUGCAUGAUGCUGAGGCUCCUAGAGGAGGGGGAAGAAAACGACAUUUGACAGAGGAAAGAAAGGCUAAGAAGACGAAAAAUAAACGAGUUAAGAGAGCACAGCAACGGGUAGCUGAUGGUGUGAAAAGACUGAAACUUGCGCCAAUUAUGAAGCCAAAAGUAGUGAAGUAUUGCCACUUCUACUUGAACGGGAAGUGCCAGCAGGGCAACACUUGCAAGUUCUCCCAUGAUACUACACCUUUGACAAAAUCUAAGCCGUGCACACAUUUUGCACGUGGUUCUUGUUUGAAAGGAGAUGAUUGUCCUUAUGAUCAUGAGCUGUCAAAGUACCCUUGCCACAAUUUUGUGGAAAAUGGAACGUGCUUCAGGGGUGAUAAAUGCAAAUUUUCUCAUGUGGUCCCAACUGCAGAUGGUCCUUCCAAAUCGGAUGCAAAGAAAUCUGAUAUGUCAUUGGUGUUUGAAAAAACAAUCAGCAGAGAUCAAACAAGUAGUCAGAAAACAUUGGCAGUGCAUGAUGGUGAACAUGUAACCUCUGCUCCUACCAAACCUAACUCCAUUCUUCAAAACCUUGCCGGCAGCUCAGUAAAUGCUCAAAAAGCAUCAGCUCGUACACCAAAGGGUGUACAGUUUCGUACUUCUAUCAAAGACAUAUCAGAUUCUAGCAUGCUGCAUCAGGAUGCUCCACCCACCGAGAAGCAUAUGGUUACAAAUGGCAGUAAAUAUAAGAAUUUUGGUGGGCCACAGGCUGCAGAAGGGGAUAAAAAUGUCAAUCCAAAUAGACAGAGACAGAGCUCAGCGCCACUUCUCGAUGAGAAGAACUCAUUCAAAGAAGAUAGUUCACACCAAAGGAAAAGUUUGCUUACUGACUCUACUGCAGUGCUUGGAUCAGUAAACACUCAGCACGAAGUUUCAGAGGCUUCUAGAAUUCUGCAGGAAUUCUUGUUUGGUGCUGGCAGUUAGAGGAAAGUGUGAAUAUACUACUCUUGGUACCUGUAGACUACCUUUUCUUUUCUUUGUGCAGUAUAUCUGGCUCUUGUCUAGUGAUGAAUUCAUCCGCAUGAGUGUGCGGUUUGUUUUGAUACUUUCGGCCCAGUUUUCUUGUUGUAACUGCACAUUGCAAUUGAUAUAUCUGGUACGUUAACAGAAAUACAAUAUGAUUUUUUUA